CAUCACUAAGGAAGCAACAGCAGUUUACGAACAUUUGUAUAGGGAAAAUAAAUAAACAAUAAAAAGAGAAAAAAACAACAUCAUCCUACAGUCACCCCUAUGCUGUUUUUGCAUAGAAUUACAUAGCUUGAUAACAUCGACAAAAUAUGGCAUCAAGAAAAAAUGGAAUACUGCCUCAAUGGGCAAGAACAGUAAAAAAUGAGAUCCAAGAUUUUUUGCAGUCUGGAAACUAUUAUGUGACUGAAGAACUUGCAAAAGAAGUAUCAGUGAUCAAUAAUGAGCUUGAUCAUCUUAGCUUGGACGAUACAUUUUUAACAUCUUCAAAAGACUGGCAAAGCAAACCAGGAAAUUUCACUCCUUCAGAGACAUCACAUCAUUACUCUGGAGCAUUAAAUGCUAUCAAUAAAGUAGGAGCCAACUUGCGUGAGUGUAAAUUUCGCCUUUCUAACAAGUCCAUCAAUGGGAAACAAGAAAAUCAGCUCAGAGAGCUACACCAAUGGGCAGUUUCAUGUCUUAAAAAUGCACAACAGGAAUUGGAACCAUUCACUUUUGAUGCAGCUGAUAGAAUAAAACAAUUUGGUGACUCAAUUGGUGUAACAGACAGAUAUACCGGAUAUCGCAAUAAUCUAAGUCGUAACACAAGAGACCCUUUUAAGAUGAACACAACUUGGAUGGAUAAGGGAGGAGAACUUGGACUGAUGAAUAAUCUCACAAGAUCUCAUACAACUUUGGGAAGUCCUUCCCUUGACCAACGGGUUAUGAGCAGAAGCAUGAGAUAUGUUGGGGAACCCACAACACAGUUUAGUGAAUUUGGAGGUGUGCCCCCGGCAAACAUAGGAGCUUUAAAAAAACAAGUGAGGUUUGGUCAGUUCAAUCCCCCGAUGAGGGUUACAAGAGGAUAUCGAACUAUUGACAGCCUGUAUCCCAAGUCAACAGCUCCACUUGAUGGAGGUCAGCCUCGUCAGUCUAGUGUCAUGGAUGAAGUCAAAACACUAAAUGCUUUGAAUGCUUGUGCCCAAUAUGACAAGGUUGAUAAACUAGCCAACAGCAACCCUCAAGAUAAAAAACCCUACGAACUGACUAGUGCACAAGAACAGGCUGGCAUAAACACCAAUUACCCUGGUCGAACAGAAUACAUGUUGCGAUAUACAAAGCCUGAGAGAGAUAUGGGCACGACUGAGUUCAAAAUUAAUCCAUCACCUGACUUUAGCAUCUAUGGCCGACCGAUGCAGACCAGUGUCUACCAUCCCAGUAUUACUGAAUAUCAAGCCCGCUAUGACUGGCCCAGCUGUGAUAAAAUCGUGAGGUUACCAUGGCUAAGAAAUUAACAAGAGAAGAAAAUUCAAAAUUAAUUAACUAA